GAUUUAGGCUGGGCCCCUAGUGAUUGGCUGAUAAGAGGAGCCAGCAAGUGUGGCUGCGCGCCGGGGUGUGUGGACGUCGCUUUGUUGCCCGAGGGGGGUGGCGGUGGAAGUUAAGAGGGUCGGGGGCUAGCGCUUCUCGGGACCCGCAGUUGCGGCCGCUGCAGUCACUUCGCUCGGUAACCUUUAGCGUAGAAGUCGUGCUGACAACAGCCAUGAGCGGCGGCGUGUACGGGGGAGAUGAAGUUGGAGCUCUUGUUUUUGACAUUGGGUCCUAUACUGUGAGAGCUGGUUAUGCUGGGGAGGACUGCCCCAAGGUGGAUUUCCCCACAGCCAUUGGUAUGGUGGUCGAAAGAGAUGAUGGAAGCACGUUGAUGGAAAUAGAUGGUGAUAAAGGCAAACAAGGCGGUCCCACCUACUACAUAGAUACUAAUGCCCUGCGUGUUCCGAGGGAGAAUAUGGAAGCCAUUUCACCACUAAAAAAUGGGAUGGUUGAAGACUGGGAUAGUUUCCAGGCUAUUUUGGAUCAUACCUAUAAAAUGCAUGUCAAAUCAGAAGCCAGCCUGCAUCCUGUUCUCAUGUCAGAAGCACCGUGGAAUACUAGAGCGAAGAGAGAGAAACUAACAGAGUUAAUGUUUGAACACUACAACAUCCCUGCAUUCUUCCUAUGUAAAACUGCAGUUUUGACAGCAUUUGCUAAUGGUCGUUCUACUGGGCUGAUUUUGGACAGUGGAGCCACUCAUACCACUGCAAUUCCAGUCCAUGAUGGAUAUGUCCUUCAACAAGGCAUUGUGAAAUCCCCUCUUGCUGGAGACUUUAUUACUAUGCAAUGUAGAGAACUCUUCCAAGAAAUGAAUAUAGAAUUGAUUCCUCCAUAUAUGAUUGCAUCAAAAGAAGCUGUUCGUGAAGGAUCUCCAGCGAACUGGAAAAGAAAAGAGAAGUUGCCACAGGUUACCAGGUCUUGGCACAAUUACAUGUGUAAUUGUGUUAUCCAGGAUUUUCAAGCCUCAGUACUUCAAGUGUCAGAUUCAACUUAUGAUGAACAAGUAGCCGCACAGAUGCCAACUGUUCAUUAUGAAUUUCCGAAUGGCUACAACUGUGAUUUUGGUGCAGAACGGCUAAAGAUUCCUGAAGGAUUAUUUGACCCUUCCAAUGUAAAGGGGUUAUCUGGGAAUACAAUGUUAGGAGUCAGUCAUGUUGUUACUACAAGUGUUGGAAUGUGUGAUAUUGAUAUCAGACCAGGUCUCUACGGCAGUGUGAUAGUGGCAGGAGGAAACACCCUAAUACAGAGUUUUACUGAUAGGUUGAAUAGAGAGCUGUCUCAAAAAACUCCCCCAAGUAUGCGGUUGAAAUUGAUUGCAAAUAAUACAACAGUGGAACGGAGAUUUAGUUCAUGGAUUGGUGGCUCCAUUCUAGCUUCUUUGGGCACCUUUCAACAGAUGUGGAUUUCCAAACAAGAAUAUGAAGAAGGAGGGAAGCAGUGUGUAGAAAGGAAAUGCCCUUGAAAAAGAGUUCCCAAGCCUCUACCUUCCUUUGUCACCUUACGUUUCAUAGCUUUAGUAUACUCAGGAAAAGAAUGACCAUCUUUUGUAGAAUGUUUAUACAUUUUUGCAUAUUUCAAGUUCCACUGAAAUUUUUUAAGGGUUUAACUGCCUCUAUAAAUUAAAAUAAGUUUUUGCUUUCCUUGAAAUACACUUAUUCUUAUUGUAAGCAUUUUAUAAUUUUGUAUAAAUGUCUAUUUUCUCUAAAUAUUUUGCUUUCGGUAAAAUCUUUCCAACUCUGUUUAGUAUAUUAAUUACCAGUGGAUUGGUAGAAUUGCUUUUUACUGACUAGUAAAAGUUUCUGCCUUUGCUUUUUAUCUUAGGCUUACAAAAUUAAAUAAAAAUUACUAGCCAUUCCAGAAAUAU